AUGUCUAGCUAUAACACUCCGAUCGCAGUCAAGCACCAAUCUAUCACAGAAUCUCUGGCUAAACCCAACCCCAAGCCCCUUCAUGUUCUCUUCCUUUUAGCCGCCGAGUUCUUUGAACGGUUUACAUACUACAGCAUUAAGGGCAUUCUCUUUAUUUACCUAGUCUCCUACUUUGAUUACACUCGUGAAGAAGCCAUUGCUUAUGUUCACAUCUUUAUCUUUCUUUCGUACUUCUUUACUUUGUUUGGCGGCCUUUCUUCUGAUCGGAUCUUUGGCAAGCUCCUUACAAUUAUUCUCUUCCUAGGCACAUACAUUGUUGGCGUCUUCUUCCUACUCGGUUCCUCCAUAGUUAAAAGCAAGCAACUUCUACACAGCGGCCUCCUUCUUAUCUCAAUCAGUGCCGGCUGUAUCAAACCUUCUAUUUCUUCCCUCGGCGGCGACCAGUUUGACCAAAAAGAUAAGAAGAGCAUUACCGCCUUCUUUACUUCCUUCUACUUUUCAGUGAACAUCAGCAGUGCCCUCGCUAUUUUCGGCAUUCCCAUUAUCAUAGACCGUCCUUGUUUCCAAAAGAGCACUUGCUACCCCCUAGGCUAUUCCUUCUCUUUCUUCUCCCUCCUUCUUUCCCUCGUAGUCUUCCUAGGCAUGCCCAUCAUCAAGCACCUCUACUCCGCCAAAACCCAACUCAUUGCUCACAAUUACAAUUACAACCAUAUGUCGAUCACUCCCACUCCCACCUCCACUCCCAUUAAUACCAACUCCACUCCCAUUAAUACCAACUCAGCUACUAUUGAGCUGGCUACUACCACCGCAACACUACCCCAUCCAACCCAAGUACCACCUUUUAGUCUCACUAAAACCAUCAAAAGCCUCUUGCCCGUUAGUAUCGGCUGGAUGCUCUACGACCAGCAAAGUUCCACUUGGGUCGACCAAGCAAGAAAGCUCACUCCUACUAUCUCCAUCCAUGGUUUUAGUUUUACCUUAUCUCCAACCCAACUCCAAGUUCUUAACUCCAUCAUUCUAGUGCUUAUCCUACCCGUUUUCUCCAAAACAACCGAAAAGGUCCUCAAAUUCCUCCAUCUACCCGAUACUCCCCAAAGACGUCUUUUCUACGGCAUGUGCUUCUUCUCCUUUUCCUUUGUUCUCGCUUCCCUUCUAGACAUUUACCUUCUACUAAGCACCAAUAUCACCAUCCUUAUGCAAAUCCCACAAAUCGUAUUUCUUACUCUAGGCGAAGCCUUCGUCGGCUCAACCGGUCUUUCUUUCUCCUACAACACAGCCCCAGAUUCAGCCAAGGCACUCGUUCUUUCUUUCUGGUAUCUCAAUAUGGCCCUAGGCAACUUCUUUGUAAUUUUACUUUCCCAUCUCUUCCAAUUCCUCUCAAUCCCCACCUAUACGCAAUCUUUCCUCUAUGUCGCCCUCUCCCUACUCGCCAUCGCCCAACUCAACCGCCAAAUCAUCCAUCCCACCUAA